AUGCCCGACGUAGAAACCAGUAGUGACUAUGAUAGAGCAAAGGGAGAAGAAGAGCACAUUUUACAACUACUGAACAAAAGAAAGAUCGCUUAUGCACAUAUUGGCCCUGAAUAUUCCCGAACAGUGAUUGUUUUCUUUCACGGCCUCUUUGGAGUUGGCACAGCAACAAGCAUUCCUCAACCAUUUUUAGAACAUGGAGGAGCACAUUGGAUUGCACCUACACUUCCAGGAAUGGGCAACACCAGUUCUCGCGACUUAUCAGUGCCUUACCAUGUUUCGUUAGCUAGGGAUAUAACGGAACUUUUGUCCCAUUUCUAUCCAACAGACGCCUACGAUAAGCUUUAUGUCGCUGGUGGAUCUUAUGGCACAGUUCAAGCACAGAUGUUGUACGGUGCGCCGUAUGAAUUGUUUCCGCCUGGUCGAAAAAUUGCUGGUUGUCUCUUACUUUCAGGCUUCACUCCAUUAAAGCACCAUGUGGGGUACGAGAAAUGUCUUAGUUGGCAGAAUUGGUUUUCGAUAGGGCCUCCUACUAAAAUACUUCCCUUCCAUAUGCUUCAAUGGCUCUUCAGAGUAAUUGUUGGAUUUAAUUUGAGGUCGGUGGAUGGAGCAAAGAAAUUUCUACACCAAACCCUUUUCCACAGGAUGGAUGAUGAUGAAAGAUUGAAGUUGAAACAGUGGUUGCUAGAUAAUGAGCUUAGUGAGGAUGAGUUUGUGGAGAAAAUGGCCCGCGGUGCAGUUAAGAGUUGCCAUAAUUGGGAUGGUUUCAUGGAGGUGUCUGAUGUAAUACAUUCAGAUUGGGGUUUCGAGCCGAAAACACUCGACGACCAACACGCAUCCAAGCCAAUAUUGAUAGUGGGAUCAGAAGCCGACCAAAUCGGUGGAAGCACUAAUGACUGGCUAGUAGACAACUAUAAAUCAUCUAGUUUCCGCCUGGUGCCUGGUGGCCAUAUAUCGUCUCUAUUUUAUAUGGAUGAGCUAUGGCGAGAGUUGAUAAAAUCGCUGAGUGAGUGA